AAUAGGGCAUAUUCCGAAUUCUCUCAUGAGUGAGCAAUCACUGCGGGCGUGGCUAACAGGUUUUUGUACGUCUCGUGCGUGUGCCACGCCGCUCUGAGAAGACCUGCUGCGUCAGUGCGGUGUCGGAGACGGGAAUCCCGGGGGCGCGCGUUGGUGGUACUCGAAGCGAUUCAAGUCUGAGUAGAAAGAGAAAAGAAAAUUGAGUUUUUUUCCCCUUACAACAAACAUUACAUUUUACGGGAUGUUAUAAACAAUUUGGAGCAGUCGCAUUUUUUAUUUGAUUUUUUCUGGGAUUUACAUUUUUAGUCUUGGCAUUUUUCCACUUAUAGUUUAAUUUGGUACCAAAUGAGUCUGUCUGUCUGUCUGUGCGUGUGAGUGUGAAAAGAAGAGGAAUAACAUUACAUUUAAUUGAAUAACGUUUCGGACCGAGGGUGAGCAGUUUGAACGUGGAAAGCAUUUCCAACAUGAGUGAACAGAGCAUCUGUCAAGCCCGAGCUGCUGUUAUGAUAUAUGAUGAUGCCAACAAGAAGUGGGUACCAGCUGGUGGAUCAACUGGCUUCAGCAGGGUUCAUAUAUACCAUCAUACAGGGAACAAUGCAUUCCGAGUGGUGGGCAGAAAAAUCCAGGACCAUCAGGUGGUUAUAAACUGUGCCAUUCCUAAGGGGCUAAAAUACAACCAGGCCACACAGACCUUCCAUCAGUGGCGUGACGCCAGACAGGUAUACGGUCUGAACUUCGGAAGCAAGGAGGAUGCCAAUGUCUUUGCAAGUGCCAUGAUGCAUGCAUUGGAAGUCUUAAACUCUCAAGAUACAGGUCCAACAUUGCCACGACAAAACGCUCAGCUUUCCCAGGUGCAGAAUGGUACUUCACAGGAGGAGCUGGAGAUGCAGAGAAGGCAGCUGCAGGAGCAGCAGCGACAGAAGGAGCUGGAGCGAGAGAGGCUGGAGAGACUAGAGAGGGAGAGGCUAGAACAGGAGCGGCAGGAGAGAGAGCAUCUUCAACGGCUAGAACGUGAAAGACUGGAACAAGAGAGACUAGAGCAUGAGAGGCUUGAGACAGAGAGACUGGAGAGAGAGCACCAGGAGCAGCUUGAAAGGGAGCAGAUGGAUUGGGAGAGGGAACAGAAGAUGUCCAACACCGCUCCAUCUUUUGACAGCUUGCUCUACAGCACUCCUCCUCCUGUCUACUCCAGUUGCCAGGCUCCUGCCGCACCUCCUCCAUCUUACUCCAAAGCCAUCUCUACUCCCGUCUCAACAUUUGUGACCGAGUCCUCUGUUCCCGACUACACUUCAACAUCCACCCCUGCUAGCAAUGCCCCACCCACCCCUCCACUGCGGCACUCUGCCUCUCGUUUCGCCACUUCCCUUGGCUCUGCCUUCCAUCCUGUGCUGCCUCAUUACGCUACUGUCCCCCGACCUAUCAAUAAAAACCCUGCCCCUCCCUCCCCUGUGAUAGCUCCCCCUCCCACUCCCGCGUCAUCCAAAUCCAUAGUCUGGUCUGCCACCAAUUUCAGCCCACUCCCACCUUCCCCUCCUGUUAUGAUCAGUAGCCCCCCGGGAAAAGCCACUGGCUCUCGCCCGGUGCUCCCCAUUUCAGUCCCCAGUCCCCUCACCCACAAACCCUCCUCUCCUACAGCAGCUAACAGUCCCCCGGACUCCCCUGCUACGGCCCUGUUCCCGUCCAGCACUGCUCCCCCUGUGCCCCCACCACCUCCCCCGCCCCUGCCUCCACUCUCACUGUCCUCUUCUCAAGCUGCAUCUUCUUCUCCAAGCACCCCUGUUGUGUCAACUCCCUCAUCCCAGCCUGGUGUUCUCCCCUCUCCCUCCGCAGCUUCUGCUGAACACUUUCUAAACUUUGUGCUGGGUGACUCCUGCUCUGCUCCAGAGCUGCCGCCUGCCUCGCUGGUGGCUUCUCAGCUAGCUGAAUCUCAGACCCUGCAGGAUGCUAUCCAAGGAUCACCAGCUCCCCCUCCUCCACCACCACUUCCUCCCGGAACCCUCAUGGCCCCAGCGGCAGGACCCCCACCUCCCCCUUGUCCACCACCUCCCCCUCCCCCUCCCCUUCCACCCACCUCAGGACACCCUCCACCUCCAGGGCCGCCACCGCCACCCGCCACCUCCUCCUUGCCUGACCCCCCACUGGCCCCACCUCCACCCCCAGCCCCUCCUCUCCCCAUUGCUUCUGCUGCUGGAUUCUCAGUGGCCUCUGAGGAGAAUCACCCGCUCUCUGGAUUAGCAGCUGCAUUAGCUGGAGCCAAACUACGGAAAGUACCAAGGAGUGAAGCAUCCAAUCCUGCUGCUUUAUGUGCCAUAAGUUCUGCAUCCACUCCAUCGAAAGCUGAGUCCAGUCGUGGAAAUGGACCCCUUUCCGUGGGAGGUGGUGGUCUGAUGGAAGAAAUGAGUGCCCUGCUGGCCAGGAGGAGAAGAAUUGCUGACAAGGGAUCCACACCUGAACCAGAACAGAAGGACACAAAUGAUGAGCCUGAAGUUACAACCCCUAAACUCCCUGCAACAAGCACACCGGACAUGGCCAGAAAGCCUUGGGAAAGAACAAAUGCUAUGAAUGGUAGCAAAUCACCUGUUAUAAAUAGAUGGGAUUCACCAUGGAGAAAUCAGAUGGUUUCUGACAACAGGUUCUGUGAUUCAUUAAGCAGACCGAAAUCCACACCAAUGCCAACUGGAUCCCUAAGUGCCAAUGGGGUGGUGACAGAAGGGUUGGACUAUGACAGAUUGAAACAGGAUAUUUUAGAUGAAAUGAGAAAGGAACUGACAAAACUGAAAGAGGAACUUAUUGAUGCAAUCAGGCAGGAACUGAGCAAGUCAAACACAGCAUAGAAGGACAUGAGGUCCCUGCAGAUUUGCCCCUUGACCAGACACAUGCGCUUCACUACAAUUAUGACAACAUUUAUUUAAGAGGUGAAAAAAAAGAAAAGUGAGCAAGUUGUGCAAGAAGGAGAUUCUGGAGAUUUGGAGGCCGUCUCAGUGCAGCGACAGGGUGCUUUUAUUUGUAUUUUCUUUUCUUCUCUUGAAGCUUGCUUACUGCUUUUUCCUGACCUUCUUGCCAGGGAGUGGGAAAGUCUUAAAGCUACUGUAAUAUGCAAAGAUUCCAUUCUUUGUAGAGAAAACAUGAUAACAACACGAUAGUUAUUCACGUUAAUGAAGACAAAAGUUUGCACGUCUGAAUUCUUUGCAAAAGGCACAUUUGGAGGGGCUGUUUUAGUGUGCGGCUCAGUGUUGGCUGUAGAGGAUGGCUUUUGUUUCUAGAAGGACUAAAUGGCUAGUUUUGGCCUUCUGCUGCAGGGCUCCAUAAAGCUUGUCUUCCUGAAAUACUCUUACCUGAACAAGUACAUUUAAAUAUUUGGAGUUGUUCAUUAAUGUUUGUUCUAAUGUUAAAACUACGGCCAUAUUGGGUAGCUUUAUGGGAUCUUUAUGAGGUGGCUAGUCUGUAUGAUUUUUUGGCUUUCCAUUCUGAGAAAAAUUCCAGGACUUUUUGCUAGAAAGCCUAACUCAUAGUAGCCUACGUAUUGCAUUAUAGUAGUUUGUUUUGAAAUGUUUAACUAUGAGGGGUCAGGUGAUUGCAGAAGUAGAUGCCUUCCUGCAUCACUAUACCGCUUUACCAAAUCUGAGACUCCCAUUAUACAGAUCAGUAUACAGAUCAGCUGUAUUGUAAAUCACAAAGACAGUAUUUGUAGAUAUAGCUUUGUUUUUUUGUUUGUUUUGUUUUUUUCUCAAAUGUGCAUGUCGGUUUUUCUAAUGUGUCAAUCACCACAAAAUCAUUUUUGCUAGUUUAUAAGCAAUAAGUGUAACAUCACCAUUAAGUUGCCUUUUUAAGUUCUUCACAUCUCCUAUCUUAAAGAAUUAUUUUGUUUCUUAAUUUUUUUUUGAUUACUUUUUCUUUUGUUCCAGGGCAGACAAUGCGUUAGUAUUUUCAAAAUAAAUGUUUUUACAUUUACAUAUAUGAUUUCCACUGCUGUUAAUUUCUUUAAAUGCAUGAACAUGGCUAUUGCAUGGAAGUGCUCCACACAUUUUCAUUAACUAGAUGUUGUAUUUCAUUUUGACAAUAGAAUGUUAAAAUUCAGUUGUAAUUAAUACUGUGCCUCUCAGCCUUUGAAACCUGUACAUGUACCAAAUAAAGUAACAAGAUUUAAAAAGAGAGUAAAUUUCAGAUGCUAAAAAAAAGUUUAGCAUUUCAGUAGGAACACAUUCAAGAACGCUCUCUCUCUCUCUCUCUCUCUCUCUCUCUCUCUCUCUCUCUCUCUCUCUCUCUCUCUCUCUCUCUCUCAAAUUCAAAUUCAAAGGUGCUUUGUUGGCAUGACAACAUUAGCGGUAUUGCCAAAGCAGUUACAAAGUACAGUAUAUAAUAUAAAAUUACAUAAACAUUAUGAACAUCAAUAUCAAAAGUAAAUAAUGAAAAGGAAUAAUUAAAUAAAGGUGGGAAUGUAAAACAGAACACUGAUAAAUAAACAAACACUAUUUACUGCAGUGUAGGAGAAAUAUAUAUAUAUAGAGAGAGAGAGUUUAGAUUGUAUGAGUUUCUGUUUUUCCACUUUUUACGAACUGAUUUUUUCCCCUUAUUUUUAGCAACCGACUAAACUGCUGUGCAGUAUAGAGUGUUUACUGCAUUGAUUGCACUUUAAAACCCAUUUGAACUUGUACUGAGCUGUAGCCAAGUUAUAUGUGGCAAAUUACCAACAAUACAUUUAAUUCUAAUUUACUAUCAUUCUGCCAUUUUCACUGUGAAGCCUUCAUUCUUUCUAGCAUCUGGGUUGGUUUGAAUCGAGGAAUAAAAACUAAAAUGUAGUUGGCCUGUUUGUUCUAGCAAAUCACAUUGGUUUGUGCCUUGUUUGGAAGUAGUUGUAUUUAAUACUAAUGGAAGCUGUCAUAACCUCAUCACUGGUUACCCAUAUACAUUGUGCUAUAGUGAUUCUUAAAGAGAAUUUGAAGCUGAUGUUGGUUUGAAAAACACCUUGUUACACAGUUCACACAUUUCUUUAUUUGUAAAGAGUUGAGUUGUGUUGUGUUUGUUUUAUCUUGUACUCUAGAAGUAAUAUCAUUGAAGGACGAUUGGCUUCAUUCUUUUUUAUAAUAGUGUGGAAAUCUGAACACCUUGCACAUUUCUCAUACAAUCUCUGCAGUCACAUCAGUUGAAUGUCAAAAUCAAAAUGCUGGUGCUGAAACACUCUCAUUUCCCUACAUUAGGUCUGUAAAACUCAUCAAUCAAAGAACUGUUGAUACAAGCGAAUGCAAAUGAAGUACAAAUGAAUGUUCUGUACUAUACUGUUCUGUUCCAUUUUAAAUUUCUUACAUGCUAACAUGUUUUAGUUUGAGCGAAUGAAAUAAACUUGCAAUACAUUAA